UUUUAGUGCUUUCCACCUGUUAAAUUAAAGCAUAAAUAUCCUCAUCCCUCCUUUUUUUUCAACCCCAUUAUAAAACACCCACUUUCUUCACUUCUAUCUCACUCACGAUUCACAUAACACUUCCAUAUGAUCUCAUCUUUCCCUCUCUAAAACCCCACCAAAAUCCCAAUAAAUUAAAAAAAUAAUAAUUUUUAUAAGUGAAAUACAGAGAAAAUGAUCAUCCUGCUUAAACCCAUUUUCUUCUUCCUCUGUUUCUUCUUCUACACUCCAUUUUCUGUGUCCUCAACACCUCCUACAGAAAUUUCAGCCCUCAAAUCAUUCAAAUCCUCCAUUAAACCUUCAUCAAUCCCACCAUAUUCAUGUAUUGGAAGUUGGGUUUUUUCUUCUGACCCAUGUUCAAACCCGAAAACUAUUCAUUUUCUAUGUGGGCUUACCUGUGAUGAUUCCAACCGAGUUGUAUCCAUCACCCUUGACUCAGUUGGCUACUCAGGUACACUCACUCCACUCGUGUCUCAACUGAGUCAACUCGUUGUUCUUGAUCUUGGUCAAAAUUCCUUUUAUGGAACAAUCCCACCUUCUAUUUCCUCUCUUUCUCUCCUCCAAACAAUCUCUUUUAGAUUUAACUCAUUUUCUGGGUCGAUUCCUUCUUCCAUUGGUCAACUUAAAUCACUUCAAGACCUUGACUUUUCUGGUAAUUCAUUAUCUGGUCAACUCCCCAAUACUCUGUUUCUUCUCUCUCGUUUGACUAGGCUUGAUUUAAGUUUCAACAAAUUCUCAGGUCAACUCCCUAAAUUACCCCUUAAUUUACUCGAGCUUGCUAUUAAAGGAAAUUCACUAUCUGGGUUAAUCACAAAAUUUUCAUUUACUGGGUUGACUCAGUUAGAAACGGUUGAACUCAGUUCCAACUCGUUCUCCGGAGUUUUACAAUCUUGGUUUUUUCAACUUCCUAGUUUACAGCAAAUAAACCUGUCAAAUAACAGCUUAACAGGUGUCGAGAUCUGGAAGCCUAGUCAAGGGUACAAUGAAUUAGUAGCCGUUGAUUUGGGGUUUAACAAAAUUGAAGGGUAUUUAUCAGUGAAUUUUACAAACUACCCUGUGUUAGCCUCACUUUCCUUACGGUACAACCGCUUACGUGGACCAAUCCCAUUGGAGUAUUGUAAAAAAAGUAGUUUAAGAAGAUUAUUUCUUGAUGGAAAUUACUUAAGUGGGUCCCCUCCGGCCGGAUUUUUCACCAGCGGUGGAAAAUAUUCGACGCUUUCCGGUAGUUUGGGAGAUAAUUGUCUACAGGGAUGUCCACGGAAAUCCCAGCUGUGCCUGCCGACACAGAAACCAAUGUCAAUGUGCAAACAAAUAUACGGCGGAAAAAAGCCACGGAAAUUUUGAAGAGUCGUAUUUUGUGGACAAAAAAUGUCGAAGAUUUUUAUAAAAAGGCUCUACUCGCUGAGGUGGCGCGUUUGAUUACUUCUUAUAAUCUGUGCCGUUGAUGAAGUGAGGAGACAGAAUUUAGUGGUGAUAGUGCUGACGUGGAUGGUGGAGAUUUGCGUGUUUUUGAGAGAGGUAUAUAUAUAGGUAAACUACUAAUUUUGCAUGUGGGUUUUAUUCCUUUUUAUGCUUUUUUGUAGUAUUUCAUUUUGUAAAGAUGGUAUAAUAAUAAUAAUAAUAGUAAUUCCUCCGUUUUAUUAUACUUCUAUGUGCUAUAUUUAAUUUUUACAUAUGUUAUUUUGUUCAUCUAGUUGUUAAAUUAUACUUCUUAUGCCUCAAAUUAGUUACAACAUUAAACAAAAUAACACUAUUCAUUCAUCACUCUUAAUUUUUGGUUAAUUUUUUAUCUAUAGGUUCAAACAUUCGCCCUUCGUCCCAUUGAAUUUGAAAUAUUUUCCAUUUUGAUCCGUCCCACUUAAUUUGCAUCAUUUCUAUUUUUGCACAAUGCCCCACUACUUUCUUUUAAUUUCAUUCAUACAUUUUAACUCUUAUUUAAUUUCACCCACACAAAUUAUUUCUCUC